AUGUUUGGCUGCAUCUCGGGCGGGACAACUGCUCUUUCCGUGAACAUCCGAUGGCAAGAGUCAGAUCUCGCAAACUUCGAAACACCUCCGUUGACCAACGGCCUCCCAACUCGAGAGCGCCAUGGUGGAUGGGAUCCGGCAGGUGCUAUGACGGAUGUCUACACGUUCCCCCCUCACUGUGCAUCCAUUACCGACACUUGGAUGCCCUUCACCGAGACGGCGUGCCGGCAACUUGAUGGUGAUUACUACUCGCCGGGUAUCUGUCCCGAUGGGUGGGCGGCAGCGUUCACUCGUCCCGUCCUAGGCAGUCGUGGACCUCCUGAAGAGCCGGAUGAGACUGCCAUGAUGUGCUGUCCGAGCUGGGGAACAACACUGCUCGAUCUUAUCAAGGUCCGUGACCCUAUUCAGAUCCGGUGGGUGUCAUCUGAUCUGUCGCUGCUUGAGACGCACCCGCUCACUCCGGGGAUGAUUCCCACCGAGCGGCUCCUGCAUCCUAACCGCUUUCGUGCUUCUUUGGUGGAGGAGAAAGAAGCGACAACCGAGGACAUUUUCUCGAUAAUAGGAGAAAUGGAUUGCAGUGUUUCGGGGAGUUUUACCGUGUCUCCGGUCCUGACCGAAAAUCAUGGAACGCAAAUCUCAACUGAGAGGUCACUUGGUACCUAUGAAACGGUGUGCGAACUCUCCAGUACUGCCGUUCUCCUCCCCACCUGCACACAGCCCCCCACUGCCCCCCCAAAAGAUAAGUUUCUGUUUGACCCAUUCGGACAAGGCGAAUCAGGGACAACCAGCGCAUUCCCCGGACAACAUUUCGUCGCCUCGAUGCUUGCUCCGCUUCUGGCCGCCCUAUUCGCGAUCCCCUGGAAGAUCCUUCACCUACACGCCACGUCGUUGGAGUCGUUCCACAAAUUAUCUGGCCCGAAGGGAACGACCGUCACGAAGGCUAUGAUCCGGGACUACGCGGGACCGGGCGCGGUCUUUGCUCUCGUGCCCUUCAUAACCGCGUGUCUCGUCUACUCGUCUGCGAUUCUUGCUCCCUUGUCAACUGAGUCGUGGACGAUUGGGCUGCUCGGGUCCUGCGCGGCCGACGAGAAUAAAAAUUGUGUUCCAGAGAUGCAGGCCGUUCCGCAGGUCGUGCGUACGAUGGAGGCCCUGCUGGCUUUAAUUGUGCUUCUCGCCAUUGCUUUGGCCGCCGCGCUUCGGAAGUGGUCUACAGGAGUACUUGCCGAUCCAAGGAGCAUCGUGGGGAUUGCGUCAUUAUCGCAGUCGCCCGAAUUGCGCCGCGUGUUCGGCUCGCUUCUCAUUGGUCCCAGUGCUUCCCUGUCAGUCAAGGAUAUGAAGAAGCAGGUCGGCGGGCUCCAAGUCUAUCUCGGUGUGUCGCAGAAUGCAUCAGGUGGCAUGGACUACGGCAUACAACUUCUCAACCCGCCACAGACACCACUUUCAAAUGGCUUUUAUGGGAAGAGCAACCAGAAGAAACCAUGCCUUUCUGACCCUUUGUUGAAAGCCACUUUGCUCCUUGCCGCUUUUGCAGUUCUCCUAGCCGCGGUCAUGAGCAUCAUCAUUUACUACCGGCUAACGGGCGGCAGUUCCGGAUUCGAAAGGUUUAUGAGCGGCCAGAACUUUGGGCCCCGGUUCUUGUUUUCAAUCUUCGGUGUCCUCAUCAAUUUUGGCUGGGUCAAUGUAUUUACUAGCGUCACUCGUCUCACUCCUUUCUACGCCUUGUCAAUAGGCCAACGACACCCUGCAAAGACGACAAUCCUCCUUCCUUACGCAACGGACCCCUAUACACACCUUCCUAGGAGCAUCCUAGCCGGCCAUGUCCUCCCAGCCUUGGUCUCCUUUGUUACUAUCCUGAGCGACUUCCUCCCCCUCCUCUUCGCCAACGUCCCUUUCCACCGCACCCGAACCUUCACCGAGCACCUCGUCUCCUGCUGGAUGACUGUGGCCAUACUAGCGCUUAUGAUGGUAAUUCUAGUCAUCCUUGCAGUCGUUAUGAUCGCCGCGAGGCCGCGAUGCACGGCACUUCUGGGUGUCUUUACAGAGAGUCCCAUUGUCGGGACACUACUUGUCCUGGGUCGGUCAGACUACUUUGUAGGGUGUUUUAGGGGUCUGGCUGGGCUGACGCCUAAAGAGAGGGAUAUGGCUGUGAGGGGGAUGGAGUUGAAGUAUUAUCUGGCGGAUGUCGGGGAUGGAGUUCACGAUGACGGGGUGGCGAUUAAUGUCCAACGGUAA